AGCUCAGCUAAGCUCAGCAGUGCGUCCCUCACCGCCUCGGAUUCCGUGUGACCAGCAGCCCUGAGCCGAGAGCAGCCGUCCAGCAGAGCGCCGCCCGUCCGCACCCCAGCACAGCCACCAUAAAACCCUAACGAUGACAUUCUUACAAAUGCGACAGGGGCUAACAUUUAUUUGACAACUUCCUUACCCACACCUUGCCUCCGCCGCUCCUUGCUGUUAAGUGCCCUGUUCCAACUCUCUGGCACCCCCUUCCCCCCACUCUCCUCCCAACCAGCUCACGGUUCAACGGGACCAUGAUGCUCAGCAGCUCCGUGGAGGUGCCCAACCCGGGUGGAAUAAGCGGCCUCAGCGGGUUAAGUGCGGCGGCACGGAAUGUGGUGCGUUCCUCAAGCAUCUCGGGGACCAUGUACAGCCUGGAAAAGAGUCCCAGCAAUGGGGUUCCGGACUCGGCGUCGUUGGCUGGCAACAAGAAGCGGCGAUCUAGUCUGGGUGCCAAGAUGGUGGCCAUUGUGGGGUUGUCACAGUGGAGCAGAAGCACACAGCAACUUAACCAGCAAGAUGGUGGAAUGAAGAAGCUCCGCAGUACCAUCCGAAGGAGCACAGAGACUGGCAUCGCCGUGGAGAUGAGGAACCGGGUGACACGGCAGGGCAGCAAGGACUCCACCGAUGGCAGCACCAACUCGAACAGCUCCGAAGGAACAUUUGUCUUUCCCACCAGUCGCCUGGGGCCUGAGAGUCAAUUCAGCGACUUUCUGGAUGGUCUUGGCCCCGCCCAGAUCGUAGGCCGACAAACACUAGCUACACCCCCCAUGGGGGAUGUUCAUGUAGGUAUGGUAGACAGAGGAGGGCAGCUGGAGGUGGAAGUGAACCAGGCCAGACGCUUGACCCCAAAGCCAGGCUCCAAAAACAUACCAGCAACUUAUGUGAAGGUAUAUGUGCUGGAGAACGGGAUGUGCUUGGCCAAGAAGAAAACCAAAUUAGUAAAGAAGACUCUGGAUCCCACCUACCAGCAGGCUUUGUUGUUUGAUGAAAGUCCCCAGGGCAAAGUCCUACAGGUAAUUGUGUGGGGGGACUACGGGCGUAUGGACCACAAGUGCUUCAUGGGAAUGGCUCAGAUCCUCCUGGAGGACCUGGACCUGUCUGCCACCGUAAGUGGCUGGUACAAGCUGUUCCCUACCUCUUCUCUGGCAGACCCCAGCAUCGGACCCCUCACCAGACGCCUCUCCCAGUCUUCCCUGGAGAGUGCCACCAGCCCCACGUGCACCUAGACACCCAGCAGAUGUCCGACAUGCACAUAGAGUGCAGACACAGGCACGCGUACUGUAAAUACACGACGACUGUAUUUGGAGCGCGACGCAGUUAGGCAUAAACCAUAUAUGCCAGAUAUCCCAGAUUCCAUAAACAUUAAUGCCCACACAUUCUUCCAUAUCCAUUACUAUUCACCCACCAAAUCUAAAUCAAUGUAGAUACAAAAGACCUGAACAUGUAGCAUUCUUCAUUUCACAACACCAACAACACUGGGCACCACGCCCUGCUUUCCAAGUCGUCAGACCUCAGCGGCGCAUCUCAUCCCAGGGCCAUCUCGAUCGAUGCCAGUUUCUAAACUCUCUAUGCCAAACUAAGAAAAAAAACUUUAUUUUUUAAAACCAAAGCAAUUGUUAUUGUUGUUCUUAUUAUUCCUAUCAGUAGUAGGUGAUAGUAGUAUACAAUAUAAAGUAUGGAUAUGUAGCAGAGUCAAUGACUUAGAUGUAAUGCAAAAAAAAAAAAAGAUAUAUUCUACAUUCACAUACAAAGAAGCUGAGAGCGGGAUGUCAAAGACCUGGCUCGGAUGUUCGCAUAAUGGCUAUUAUGUGAGGUAGCAACAAUGCUAUAUUCUAUGAUUUUCACAGGGCAGAGUUUAUACAAGAAUAUUUAAAUAUAUAUGAAUAGAUAGUUAAAUACUUACUUGUCUUUCUAUAUGUAUCAGCUGCACUCUGCAUGCUUACUUGCGAGACAUUUUUGAGAGCGCUUUAAAGUCAAUUUAUUUAGCUUGCCUUGAGCGAUGUUAACAGGAGUACAGUAAUGCUGCUUUAUUUUGCCAAUAUGUCCCAACAAAAAGAACACUGAGUUAAAGCGAAGGAUGAGACUGUCAUCGCUGUUUGCAGAAGAAGAAAACAAAUUAGUCCGUCAACCACACACUUGCUACUGACUUUACAGCCCCUGCCUUUAUCAUCAGUGUGUUUGACCACCUCUCCAUCUAGGGGCGGUGUCUCACAUGUUUGGAUUGCCACUUGAUUUCCUUUGUUUCGAUGUCCUGAAUUCUUCUUCCUGCUGGGUAAGAUGGAGAGCAUCAGCAGCAGCCCCUUACUCUCCGCGGUCACUCGUUUGUCCCUCUGAACCUGCUGUAAAUGCGUAAACAUGUAUAUAAUUUCAGAGGACUUUGUUUUCGUCCAGAUAAAUUAGAAUAUCAUUAAAAAGUUUAUGUAUUUAAGUAAUUCAGUUCAAAAAGUGAAACUCAUAUAUCGAUUCAAGAAUGUGGUUAUCCCUGCUGCUUGUUCACACUUUUUCCUUCCACUAAACUUUUCACUACCAUACUUGGAUACAGCACUCUGUGGACAGCCAAUGUAUUUUGCAAUUAGCUGUCCACCUUAUGAUGGGUGUCAUUUGACUGUCAAGUUAGCAGUGUUCCCCAUGAUAGUUUCGGACACAAUAUUUCUGAUACUAAACUCAGAUAUAUUUUUAUUGGCUGUAAGCUAUAAUUAUCACAAUAAUUGAAAUAGGCACUUGAAAUAUACCACUCUCUGGGCCUGAUCUACUAAGAUCCCAAAUAAGGAGCACUAAAUUGCAUGUGUAAACAAAAAAAUUAGUUUAUUUAGUGGGUGUGUUGCUGGUGAUCUACUAAGAUUGCUUGCGCAAAGUGGUGUGGACCACCCUAUUUAAAUGAGGAUUUUGCAUGUGCUACUAGCUGUUACCAUGGAGAUUUUGGAUGCAAGAACAUGCAGUGUUUAAAGGAGUUUCUUUAUAGGAUAUAUGGCAUGCCUUCCAUUUGUGACUUGCUCCAAACCUGCCCUUGAAAUUGGCAUUGCUGGAUAGAUAAUUUGUCUCUACAAAUUUUUUUCUGACAGUCCAAAUAUAUUGACAUGCUCACAGAAGGUUCUUUCUCUCCAUCAUCAGUCAUCGUGCCUCCUUCUCGCCACAACGACUGCAGGCAUGUGUCUGUAAUGCUGUGCCAGUUUGCACCUGCCUUUCAAACAUGCUAAAAAUAGACGCGGAAAACAGCGAGUGCCAUCCGUUUCAUGUUUAAUAAAUCACAUCGAGGGUGCUAAAUGAUAACAUUUAUAUAUUCUCCUCCCAGUAUUUUGCAUGUUCUGAUAUUUAGCAUAUAUUCCACAUAGACAUAAAGGCAAACAUACUAAAUAGAUUGCACAUGCUAUUUUGCUCAUUUGACAGAUGCAGUCUUCGAUGUACCUGCAUAGUAGAUCAGGUUUGCUAUCAAGUUUGCGUUUGUUUUUAUACACGCAAACCUUUAGUAGAUCAGGCCCUCUGUGUGUAAUGAAUCUACAGUCUAAAAUAUAUGAUUUUUACUUUUUUAAAAAACCUUUUAAAAAUAAAUAAACUUGUUGAUGAUAUUCGAAUUUGCUGACGUGAACUUUACUUUACUAGCACUUAACCAGCCAAGUUCUGGUAGUUGAUCUUAUUCUAGGUACAAUAUGUCACUAACACAGCAACCUUCAGCAGUCCUGUUUUAUAUUUACGGUUGGGCGGGCACUACCUUUGGGUUUUUUGGAUAGCACUUUACUGUAAAUUUUUAAUUAUUUUUCAACUUUAAGUCUGAAUGGUGGUGAACCGCUUCUAUUUUUCUGUAUUAUUAUUAUGUAUUAUUAUUAUAGAUGUUGUCACAUAAGUACUGGAGUAAAGACUUGGAGAUGCAUUGCACAUCUCCAAAUAUUUCAGUAUAAAAAUGAAAUCACAGUGUUAUUUUUUAUUGAAAUUAUGGAGAUGCACUGGAGCAGCUGAGACUGGUUAGUUCGGGUUUUAGAUUUGCACUUAUCUGUGGUAUUUAACUCCAUACAUUUUUGAAUACCUUACGCAUAGUCAAAAUCAAAUUAUAUAAAGAAAGUUGAAAGAUUUGUCACAAAAGUCAUUACUUUAAAGACUUGAAAUUGUUUUGAUUUUUCUUUUCUAAAAGUAUUUUUUACAAUACUAGGCAUGCGCUGGUAUGAUAAUCUUGAAUAAAAUCCCAUGAUUUCAUGGUAUCACGGUAUAAUAACAAAUAUUAACAACAAAAAAGUGUAACAUGAUCCAAAUCUCUUUGACAUAAAGUAACAAGACUUAAUCUUAUUGGUUUCAAAAUAAUACAUGGACCACAGUUAUAAUGUAUUAAAGUUACAGUUAGUACAGUGACUGUAAAGCCCAAAAACACCCUCUAGUUUUCAGGUGAACCUUCUUGUGCAGAAUAUUAUAUCCUUUUCCUCAGAUUGGUUGAUCAUAGCUUUCCAACUGUACUUCUACAAAAUGUUGCUUUAAUGACUCUCCAUGUUUUUCGCAACUGGAAAUAUUUUUAUAUAUUCAAAUUUGUCAUUCAUGUAAGCAUGGCAAAACUGUAGCAGCCAGCUUCCAGCCAUCUGACCAGCAGUGUGCAGCAACAUGUAGGGGCAGCACUACAUUAUUUUCUGCCCAUAUAGUAACAGAAAACGAUCAAUUUGUCUUUUUUAGGUGAACAUUGGAGAAGUGCUGUAGCGUCUUUCAGCCAACUGACUGGCAGUUUGCAACAACAGGUGGGGGGAAGGGAAGAGCUUUGUUACUCUGUGAUCCAUUGAGCCAGAGAACAUUUUUCUGCUGAUGUCUCUGGCUUCUCAAUUGGAGGACUUGAAACUUUAGGGACGAUUUCAAUAAUUUUGUUUCAGUUUUGAAGCAGUACAUUUUUAAAAACAUAGCACACCUUGAUACUAGAAAUCGGCCCAUGCCUACUCUUUAUGCUACACUGAACGUUCUUAAUCAAAGACAGUAAUUUAGAUUUGCGGGAAAGAAGUGUAAAAUGGGACCUGUCAGCUGUUCUAUUGGAAUGUGGAGUGGUUAAGUCUUCACCAUCAGCAAAGGGACAAAGGAAAAAAAGGAAACUGCUGGUGUUUCUGAUUUCCUUAAGAUAACGAUGUUUUUAAAGUGUCACUUUAUUGGCUUUUUAUAAUAAAGAAUAUUCGUAAGCCAACCAUGUACAUAGACUCAGUUAAGCUGAGCGUUAACACUGUUAAACUCUAUAUGCGUGUCUGUUAAUGGAUUUGUUGGUUUCAUGAUUGUCUUUCAUCUAAGAGCUUCUUCUCCUCAUCAUCUUUUACCUAAUAAAGGAAAAAUCUCAUGAGCUGAGCGCCUAAGAAAAACACAGCUCACAUUUUAGUCCUUUUUGAACUUCAGAUAAAUAUAUCUCUUUUUCAGAUCAUGUUAGUGGAGGAUGAUGGAUAUUUUUGACUCUGCUUGUAAUGUAUUUAAAGCUCUAUUUAAAAAGUAGCUUCAAGAUCAGGGCUCCACUUUCAAGAUACUCCUUGUUGGAUAUCUACCCGUGUGGUAACAUUUCUAAGAUUAUUUUCUGUAUCUUACAUUCCUGGACAGCUGGCAUAACGUAUCAAAAAAUACUUAUAAGAACUAUUUAUCAGCACACAUUUCUGGCCAGUAUAUAUAUAUAUAUAUAUAUAUAUAGAGAGAGAGAGAGAGAGAGAGAGGCUGAGUAAUACAUUUACUAAGUAUUUCCUUGCUUGUUUCCAAUUUUAAUGUACUGUAGUCACAUUUUAGCAGUAAUGUAGUGAUAUUAGCUGAAUUGUGCCACUUUUGGCCUGCCGUACCAACUGAGUAAACCUAAUUAUUACGAUAUUUCUCCACAAAACAACAGAAGAGGUUAGAUUGUUGCCUUUCUUCAAAGUGCAGCGUGUCUGUGUAGGCUUUGUUAUACAAGUGCAUUUGUUAUAUAGCGUGAUGCAUAAUGUGUGCCAGGCCAGUGAGUGAUUUUAUAUAGAUGUUGACAGAUAAAGUGAGGGAAAUCUGAGGGUUCAGGUUGUCAGAACCUUUCAGAGCUUUUGUCAUUCAUUUAGAAAAGAUUAAAAAGAUAAAAAUUUUAGUUAAGCAAGGGCAAUCUUAAUACAGUUCAGACAAAAAGUAUGCCCCUCCCUUCAGAUUUCUAAUUUUAAUAUAAGAUAACGUGAAUAAGGACAAAAUACAGCUUUUAAAUGAUAAAUUCAUUUAUUAAGGAAAAACAAAAUCCAAACUAAACAGGUGCUGUUCAAGUAAUCGACCCCUAAACCUAUAACUGGUUGUACCACCAUUUGCAGUUACAACUGCCAUCAAAUGUUUGUGAUAGUUGGCAAAUAGUCUUUAACGACCAUAUGGAGGAAUUUUGUUUUAAUUAAGCUACAUUGGAGGGUUUUCAAGUACAAAUAGUUUGAACAGUUCCAAAGGCCUUUGUAUUACUUUCCAGAUUGCUAGAUGUGAAUGACUUUGCUUCACCUUAAUUUUUGAAUUUCCUUACAUCGGGGCACAAUAAGUUGCUUUUUGCAACCUUUUAGCCUACUUCCUGUUGUCAUACAGGUUUUCUUUAAGUAAUUUCUUGAUUCUCGAGGUAUGGCAGUAUUCAGGUCUGGGUGUGGCAAGUAAAACUGGACACAGCUUUCCACAAAAUGCAGGUAAUCACAGUUAACUUGGGAUUUAAUAAGGGAAGUGACUAGAUUUUCAUUGGAGAGUAUUUGGAUAAUUUUUUUUUUUGGAUAAUGAAUAAAAUCAUUGGAAAAUAAUUUUUGUAAUAAUUUGUUUGAUCAGAAAGUUUUACAUAUGACAAAAAAGCUGAAACAAUCAAACAAAAAAUCUGUAAGGGACCAAAUACUUUUUCACAGCACUGUAGGUAUUGACUUUAAAAUCUAGCAGAAAGCUGAAGCCUGGACAAGUUUUGAGGAGCUAAAAUCUAGAAAGACCUUUCUGUUUGUUGUCAAUAUAGAUUCAUGGAGCAGGACUGAGUUGGAACAUGUUAAACUUGGUCAGUCUUGGUCCACUAGCUCGAGUUCCACAUGUUGAUUGUAAAUCUGUGGAUGUUCAGAAUGUAAAGCCCAUUCAAUUUGCUUGCUUUAUGUGCAACCCCACAUUGUGUUAUGUGCAAAACAAAAGAAAAAAGGCUCAUCUUCAGCUGUGUAUCGAUUACUGCGUUGAAAAGGUAUUUUAUUUUUGUAAGGACAGAGAUUUUAUUGAGAGAGCAGGAGUCUGAAAGGCAAGGCUGCCUUCAGAUUUUUGCUAAAAAUGAGGGCUUGUUCAGUUUACAAUGGCCUUAUUUUGUGUGGGAGACGUUGCUUCGCUAUUGUAGCACACACAAGUGAAAGUUUUUGUAAAAAUGUAUUUUGCUUGUAAUAAUGUACCGAGGUUCUAUAUGUGUAUAGUUUUAUGAAUGUAUUUCUAAUGUCUGCCAUUUUUUGUCAUCCUAUAUUGUCUCUUUGAAGACCUUUCCAGCCCCCACUUUUACAGUACUUUAUUAUCUACAUCUUAUCAAUUGUGUCGUAAGAGAGGAGCAUGAAUCCCAUCUGGCGAAAUGCAUUUUGAUUUAUUUAAGUCGCCAGGAUGGCUUUCGAGCUGAAAGGAUUGCUGCUCCUACACCCCCUGCAUCCUGUCCCUGCAACAAUUAACCUCCCAAAUAUAUCAAGCUCAUACUUUUGAACAAUGAAAUGUUUGCAGCAUGGUGUUUAUGACAGUUUUCUUGAAUUUAUUCCACAAGGCACAGGCAGGGGGUUCUAUUAGUACAAAAUCCAAGGGAAUUCACACAUAUGCAAGAGAGUUGUCUAAAUGGUGUACUUUAAGUAGCAUGGACUCCUCAAUAUGUCUUCAGGCAAUAACAAUUUAGUUGUGGCCUGUUUCUCAGUUGUCAGAGUUGGGCCUAUACCUUAUUUGCGACAACAAAUAAAAUAUAUUUGAACCACUUUUCCAAGCACUAAAAGCAAUUACACUUCAACCUAGCAUGCUCUGCAUUGUGAAUAUAUGCUACAUUAUAAUGGCCCACAUUAAAAUCGUUUUUUUUGACUUGGCAAGAAUACAUUCCAUAUAACCUUCACACCUACUGGCACCACUGGUAAAGAUGUGAAAAAUCCUUUUACUGCAGAUGCAAAAUCUCGCAGUGAACAUUUUUAGUUACUUUUUUUUAAGCUGCUAAAGAGUAUUUGGGAACCUUUAAUUAGUAAUCUUAGACUUCCUGUUAUGCUGGGGUAUAACUAUCACAUGACACAGAGACCAUUACGUACCCACUGGCCAAUAGGCUUGACAAGUAUGACUGUUCUGCACCCACACAGUGUGGAGGACUGUAAGGAAGCUAAUAAAUAAGCUCACUGAGAACUACAGCAAAGAAUUGCAGUUUGCGGUCAACCACGUCUCCAAUAUAUUCAUUAGGUGCUAUCCACAUGGAAGGCAUGCCUGGAAAUGGCUUUCCUUUCCUUCCAUCACAAACAUAAAUGUGGAGUUUUUAAAAGGGACCUUAGAUGUGCUCACCCACAUAUUUUCUCACUACAAUCUAAAUAAUAAUGAACAAGAACAUAUAUAUUGAACAGUUAUCGUCAGUUUUGGUCACUCUGAACAAGUAUUUUUUUUAAACACUUCUUUUUAUGAUGCGUUGCAUCAUAAACUAUUUAAGGUACCAGGCCCUGAAAACUGAAAGGGGUAAUAUGUCCACUAAAUCAGCUUUCACCCAUGGCUUUCUCAGUCCCUAGACCUAAAUCCUGUAUAAAACCAAUAGAGUCAGCUGAAGGAGUGCAUAAGAGAGGACCAAGGAUAAUGGUUGUAGAUGAAGAAUACUACUUAGCAUGAUAGCAUGAAAAAAUAAAAGCACUCAAAGGUUAGACUUUGUACUUAGUUCGUUUCGAGAUAUGGUUUUGCAAACAGAAGACUUUUUAAGGUUUUUCACGCAUCUUUAGCAGGUGUUCCAUUAAGUGUGGACGGUGCUGUAUCUGCCUGAGUAGCAGCUAUUGACAUGAACAGGAUAGGCAUAACUGCUGAGCAUUUUGGGAAGUUUAGGAGUUUGUGCUGCUGAAUACUCAUCACCUUCAUCCAUUAUCUAUGAGCAUCAGCAAUCACAGCACAAGUUUAACUAGCCAUGUUGUCAUUUUUAGCUCUGUGAGGCUAUUAUAAGGGCCAGGUGACUCCCCUCACCACUGUCAAGACAACCUUUCAUCUCGCCAAGCCCCUACAAGCACAAAACACCACCUGAACUUACAGUUUUGCUCCGAGAGUCUAAAUGGCAUCAACAUUUAGAUAAAAAAACAACUGUAAUUCCCAAUCAGAUCUAUAUGUUUAACAUAUUGAGAAGCUUCUUGGUAAAAUGAACAAAUCAUUCGCCGGAGUUAAACUGAGUUGCCGGUGUUUGUAGACGAGCAGUUGUCUUAAACUUUCCCAGCUGAGGAGUGUUGGCAGUGCAAAAGGCUGUGAUGACUAGGAUGUGGGUUUGUGGUUAAGAGGAACAAAAGGGCGCUGUAAUUUUAUACCUGUGCUUUGUAAAUGUUUUCUAUGUGCAGUAUUUGAUAAUGUAAAACUGGUAUUUUUGUGGUUUGUACGCUGCAAAAUUGAUUACUUAAGGUGCACGUAGUUUUUUAAUAAAAAAGAAAAAACAGAGCCAAACUGAGGGGAAAAAAUGAAAACAAUUUGGGAUUCUGAAGCCUGUAUUUGCAUGCCCUUUGACAUCUGGACGCUGAAAUAAAUAAAGUUCAUUUGAAUCACUAA